AUGAGCUUUAGUGUGCAAUUUUUACAUAUAAUAUAUCUGAUAUAUCUAUUAUUUGCAAAUUUUAACUCUUGCAAAAGUCUGAAAUCUGAAAUAUCAAAAAAGUUACAAGCUCAUUCUAUAAUUGACAAAGCAUAUGCAUCUGAAGCAUUUUUAGCUAGCUUUAGUAAUAAAAAAAAACGAUGGUCACGAAAUUUAACAAAUGAGGACCUAAUAAAAGAAGGUGCAUCAUUAGAAUCAUUUUCUUCAUUAGGCAAGUUAUCCCCAGAUACUGAAAUAGAUUAUUUUACUGCGGAAAAUGGAAUCAGUAUUCUAUUAAUAUCUGAUAAGGGAUCUAGAGAAGCUGCAUUUGCAUAUUCUAUUGGUUGUGGUUUUUAUCAAGAUCCAGAUAACUUACCUGGUUUGGCACACCUAAUGGAACAUGUGACAUUUUUAGGGAGUGAACAACACCCAAAUGCUACAGAAUGGGAUGAAUUUCUAUCAACAAAUGGAGGUAUUGCAAAUGCAUAUACAACGUCUGAUUUAACAGUUUAUUAUGUUUUAUCUCCUCCAAGAAAGCUAAAAUUAAUAUUGGAUUACUUUACUACUAUGUUAAAGUCACCAAUUAUGGAUGAAAAAACUGUUACUGCGGAAAUAAAUGCAGUAAAUCAAGAACAUGAAAAGAAUAUACCCAACAUAAUUAGACUAAUGCUAGAAUUAGCAUUAUUUCAAGCUCCUCAAAAUAGUCCAGCUAGGAAGUUUGGUACUGGGAAUUUUGAUACAUUAUUUAAAAAUCCUAAAGAAAAAAACAUUAAUGUAACAGCAGCUCUAAAGGAGUUACAUAAUUCUUGUUAUACUAGUGAUAAUAUAUCUCUUGUAGUCAAAGGUCCUUAUAAUUUAUCUAUACUUAAAGAGAUAGCUGAACAAGCAGUAAAUGUGAUACCAAGUUCAAAGGCUACAGCAGGUAUUGCAACUGUAGAGGGUAGAACAUCAUCUCGUUCUUAUUCUUCGACUAAAAUAGAUAAUUCAGUAAUUAAACCAAGUGAUUUCAAUAAUAUCGGAUCUUCUACUGUAGAUAGUUUAGGUGAAUUGGAGAAAAUAAUUCAUGAAGAACCUGUUGUCUCUAAAUUAAUCAAAAUUAAAAGAGGGAAUUCUUCACCCCCAUUAAUUAUGAUAUAUUGGCCUGAUGAAUCUAAUUCAAUGACUUUAAUGCAUGAAAGUGCUGAGUGGCAAAUAUUUUCAUUUAUUAAAUAUUAUAUAGAAAAUAAAGGUGGAAAUUCGCUUUAUACACAACUUUAUAAUAAAGGACUUGCUCAUAAAAUAGAAUUUUUUGAUCAUAUAACAACUAAAUAUUCAAUUAUUGGUAUUUUAAUAACAGCUAGUGAUACUAAUGAUGAAACUACUCAGAAAAUAGCUGAUCUAGUUACAAAUUAUAUGGAUAUUUUAAGCAAUAAAGUAAAAAAUGAAGAUAAUUGGUUAAAUUCAUUUUAUCAGAAUUAUACAAAAAUGGCUAAUAUAGACUUCAAAUAUGAAGAAACUCGAAAUACAGCUGAAUUAGUAUCACAAUCAGCAGAAAACUUGUUGAUGUUUCCUAAAGAACCUGAAAUUGCAAUUUCUGCAUAUCAUACUCCAAAUAAAUUUCUUAGUAAAAAUAACUUAAGCGAAAUACAAAAAAAAGUCUUGAUAUCUUUAGUAGAUACUUUAACUCCAAAUAGAGCCUCAAUUAUCAAACUUUCAGAUGAAGAUUUUUCUUUAAAAAGUUCUGAAGAGAUCAAAUCUUUUGAUCCAUAUGAUAUAAAUUAUACAUUACAAGAUCUUCAUAUAUCACCAUCAUCUAUAAAUGAACUAGAAAGUAUGAAUAUAGAUGAAAUUUUAUCUUGUGUGCCAAAAAAUCUUUCUAUUAUUAAUUUAAAUGAAACGAGUUGUCCUUCUUAUCAAGAAAAUGGAAGAACUGUUAAUGGAACCAAAAUUUUAUCUGUAUAUGAACCUUGUUGUAUAUAUAAAGAUGAAAAAUUAACUAUAUUUUGGAAAGGACCUAUACACAAGGUUCCAGCUAUUCACUUAACCUUUGUACAACGGCUAGCCAGUAGUUUUAUAAAUAAUAAUAUAUCUGGUAUUAUAUAUGCAAAAAUACAUGCUAUAGUUAUGGAUAAAAGAUAUCAAGAGGUUAUAGCACCUUUCUCUGCAUGUGGUGCUACAACCAUAACAGAUUUUAAUAGAGGUAGAUUCAUAACUGCUAUAGAUGCAUAUAGUUCAAAUUUUGAAAAUAUUAUAGAUGGAAUAAAAAAUUCUUAUCCAUUUGGAAAUAAAAAACCUACAGAGAUUGAAUUUAAUAAGGCAUUAUCUAAUUUUAAAUCUCAAAUUUCAAGUUUUAGCGAUGUAUUAGCAUAUGAAGUAGGGAUAGAUAUUGCAAGUAGUAUCUAUUUAUCAAAUUAUUAUUCUAAAAUUGAACUUAGAGAUGCUGUUUUAAAAUUAAAUAUUAAUUAUUUGGAUUAUUUACAUCAUAUAGAUGAAAACUUUUCAGAAGGAUAUGUAGAUGCAUUAAUUGUUGGUAAUAUUGACUCUAUAAAUUCACAUGAAUAUGUUAAAUCAAUAUAUGAUCAUGCAAUACAAAAACCUAUAAGCUAUGAAGAAUGUGUACAUGAUGGAGUAUUAGAUUUACCUGCAGAUAUUAUAGUUACAGCCAAAAAUCCUAUUUCUUCUGAUUAUAAUAAUGCAAUUGUUGCAAAUUUUUUGACACCCCCUGUAGAUCUAUUAGAUACAUCAAUAUAUUCAACUAUUGGAGAAUUAAUUAGUGUACCAUUUUAUGAUACUGUAAGAACAUCUUGGCAGGAUGGAUAUGUAGCAUUUGCAGGUGUAUCAAUAGCAACUCCAUCAAUGGUUUUAGUAGGAGCAGUACAAAGUGCAGAUAGAAGUCUUAAUACAUUAGAGUGCCAUAUUUUUGAUGCACUUAAAAAAAUUUUUCAUUCCUUAAAAAAACAAUUUGAUUCAGAACAAAGUUUAAUAGAUUUUCAUAAAAGAGUUAAAUGGUUUGGACCUGCAUCUCAAUCUGUUCAAAAAUUAGAAACAUUAAGUUCUUAUGUAGCUUAUUUUUCCAAAAUGAUAAUCAGUCAUGAAAUUUGUUUUUAUAAGGGUGAUCUUAUAGAAACAGCUACUGAUAUAUUUUUAAAAAAACCAAUAUUUACAUCUGAAAAAUUAGGUUCUUUAAUUGAACCUUCAAAAAAUAGAAGAUUAGUUAUAGUACAAUUAGAAGGACAAAGUGACGAUGCAAUUUCAAGUACAUCUAUUCUUUCUAAUUCCUUAAUUUCAGAUACAAAUCAAAGAAUAUCAUCAAAUCAGAUUGCUCCACCUCCAACAGAUGAGCAAUGUCAUGAUAUUUUAAAUGAACAAUUAAGUUCAGUAAUUAAAAUUAAAUUAGAAGAAAAAUCUCAGAUACUAAAUCUAAAUUUAAAUGGUAAGCUUAGGGCCACAAGAAGUCAGCUUAAUUAUUCUAAAAACCAAAAUUAUUCAAUUUAUAAUGAUAAAUUUCAGUGUUCUGUAAGAAUAAAUAAUGCAAAAGAUGCCAGUGGAACUUCAGAUAAGGAAAUUAAAUCUUUAAUGAAUAUAUUUAUGUCAAAACGUUUCAGCUCUUUGCAUAAUAUAAAAGAAAAUGAAUAUAUCAAUUCAGUUCAAAAUAUUUUACGCGAAAAAAAGUCAAACAAUGAAAACCUUUAUAUUAGAUGUAAAGAUAAUUAUUCAAAUAAACAUACAUAUUGUGGUUGCAAAGGAUAA